GUGACAGCAGCUGUCAACUUACUGCACAAAAAAUUCAGUUCUCCUAUUUAGGUUGUACUGUGUAUCCACGUAAAAUCAAUUAAUAUUUGAGCGUUUCUUACGGAGUGUGUGUUACUAAGGAAAUCUAAUAAUCCUGUGUAACUAAGCGCCACAGUUGCAGUCGUAGUAAUACAGUUAGGAUUAAAGUUUAUUGUACAAACAAAAACGCACAAUGGCACUGGCCCUUGAAAACACAAAAAUCUUAGAAUUUUUGGAACUAGUCGGUCGUUUGAAGCAUGUGAAGAGAACUGGGUGGGUGAUUUGUGACAUAAAUGAGUGCGAGUCUAUUGCUGGCCAUAUGUACCGCAUGGGUCUAAUGACCUUCUUGCUCACAGACGAAAACAACCCUACCAAUCUUGAUAGAUUCAGGUGUUUGCAAAUAGCUCUUGUCCAUGACCUAGCGGAGUGCAUUGUUGGAGAUCUCACACCGCACUGUGGUGUAUCACCAGAGGAGAAGCACCGGCGCGAGGACGAGGCUAUGCAGAAGAUUGCAGAACUCACUGGCAUCGCUGGUGACAGAAUGUAUGAUUUGUACAAAGAAUAUGAGAACCAGACAUCACCAGAGGCUAAAUUUGCUAAAGACUUAGACCGCUACGACAUGAUAUUGCAAGCCUUCGAAUAUGAGAAGCGUGAAAAUACGCCGAAGAAACUGGAAGAGUUCUUUACUGCUACUGAAGGGAAAUUCGACCACCCAUUCAUCAAAGGCUUGGUCACGGAACUUUAUAGACAAAGAGAGGAGUUUGAAAAGAAAUGCCUAACAAAUGGCCAUGCAUAAUAACAAACUUCUCUUCCAUGCUAAUAGAUUGUUAUUAAUUCAAUAACGCUAGCAUUGUUACCUAGCCAAGCUAGUUAGUAUUAUAUUUAAUUGCACAGAGUGAA